AUGCCGACCGUCAACGAUGGACAGGAGCUCCUCAGCCUUUUUUCAGACAUCAAGUUCACCGCAUAUCUCUUCAACGCGAUGAUUUGCGGCUAUUGCAUGUUUUUCGUCAAGCGCAACAACUAUCUGCGUUGCGCGUUGUGGUCCUCCCUCUGCGGGUGUUUAGGAACCUUUCUUGUGGCGGUGCACAACGGCAUCCUCAAUCGGAAUGAAAUGACCGACGCUCGGUUUCUCGCGCUGAUUGUUGCGAUCGAGAUUGUUUGGUGGUUGUCUGAGCUGCUGGCCGCCGCCACUACCUACUGCAAGAUUGCCAUGAUGAAGUACUCAAACGACCACCGCAGGCGCAAUAGAUGGCUUCUUUUCACCUUCGGCGGAAUAUUUCUGCUUGCUCGCCUGCCCGUAUCCGUUUCUCGUCUUCUGGACAAGACUAUCUGGGACCAAAGAAUAUACAGGGCGCAUACUCUGUACUUUAUCGCAAUCGUGAUAAACGACACCAUCCUCACCACUGUCUUGCUGAAAGACUCGCGGGAGAUGACUGGCGCGACCGAAGGAGCCGGCGUCACUUGCGUCCGCUCAUUCCUUCGCUACGUCUUCCUCGGCAGUCUGUUCCGCGUCUUCUACAUGAACAUAAUCAUGUUGAUCCUUGCCAUCACGUUCAUCCCAUCGGAAGCGACCGCAGUAAACACCGCCAUCCAAAACUUCGUCUGUAUCGCAAAGUACAACUUUGGGAUCGUCUUCGCCAUGGACAUCCUCCUGACGAGACAUUCUCUCGUCAAAUCGCCCGAGGGGAACGCCGCCGCCCUACCCCUUCCGCAGUACCACAUAUCACGGUCUAGAGAGCCUACAUCUACCUCCCCUGUCACCGAGUGGGUCACGGACACUCGCAACAAGCAUUUUCCUCCUCCACACGCGGCAAUUAUCGAAUCUCGGCCGCUUUCAUCGUACGCAGAAUCUUCGGCAGAGUCUCUCGCCGCCGGCACAAGCACGGAGGACGCAGCGCGCCAAAGCGUUUCGGGAUGUGUAUAG